CGCGUCUGGGUAAGGGACUGGACCCAGCGGCCACAGACACCUCGAGGAUGUUUGCAAUGUUCCAGAAACCCAAGACCUUCAAGCUGCGGACCCUGAACAGCCAGAAGAAAUUCGGAGUGGCGGGCCGGAGUUGCAAGGAAGUGCUGCAGAAAGGAUGCCGCCAGUUCCAGCUCCCUGAGUCUGGCUGCCACCUGUGCCUGUAUGAGGAUGGCACGGAGCUGACUGGAGACUACUUCCCAAGUGUCCCGGACAACUCAGAGCUUGUACUGCUCACCGCAGGCCAGACCUGGCAGGGCUGUAACGAGUGGCAGGGUGGGUGGCAGACUGCACUUAGAGCUGGGCAAGAACGUCACCUCUCUUUCCCUCGUCUGGUGGCAGAUGCCAGUGACAUCGAUCGCUUCCUCAGCGUGUUUCAUAAGCCACACGCAGGUGUCAUCCAGGUGGCCCGGCAGCUGCUCUCCGAUGAGCAGUCCCCACUGAGGCAGAAGCUUCUGGCAGAUCUCCUUCACAAUGUCAGUGAGAACAUUGCGGCCGAGACCAGGGCUGAGGACCAGCAGUGGUUUGAGGGUUUGGAGUCCCGAUUUAGGAACAAGUCGAGCUAUUUAAGAUACAGCUGCGAGAGCCGGAUCCGGAGUUACCUGAGAGAGGUGGCGUCUUAUGUGUCCAUGGUGAGUGCUGAGGCCCAGGAAGAGUACACGAGGAUCCUUGGCCGCAUGGGCCAGAAGCUGAAGUCCAUGCAGUACCACGGCAGCUACUUCGACAGAGGGGCCCGGGCAGACAACCGCCUCUGCACGCCGGAGGGCUGGUUCUCCUGCCAGGGUCCUUUUGACAUGGAUGACUGUUUGUCUAAACACUCCAUCAACCCCUACAGCAACCGAGAGAGCAGGAUUCUCUUCAGCACCUGGAACCUGGAUCACAUAAUAGAAAAGAAACGCACCAUUGUUCCGACACUGGCUGAAGCAAUUAAAGAACAGGACGGAAGAGAAGUAGACUGGGAGUACUUUUACGGCUUGCUGUUUACUUCAGAGAAUCUAAAAUUAGUGCACAUCGUCUGCCAUAAGAAAACCACCCACAAUCUUAGCUGUGACCCCAGCAGGAUCUACAGACCCAAGGCUGAGUUAAAGAAGAAGCGGCCUGCUCAGAAACGCACGUGACCUGUGCACCCCAUGUUGGGACCUUGCGUGGGGCCCGACAGUAACAUGCCAUCCUUUCUGCAGGCGCUGUCAGGACCUCGCCCAGGCCCAAUGGUAGACAUUGUCCUUCUUGAAGGUGCUAGCUUUUUUUUUUUUUUAAUCACUCCAGUGGUUCCUGGAAAGAACUCUGGCUUUUUAAAAUUUUCUACAAAUUUCUGAUUUCAGUACAUUUCUGAAUCUGUUUUCUAUAACUUUGACAGCCCAGCUUCUACAGAACAAGCUUUAGUGUACUCAGUGAACAUCUGUGGGUACCUAGUAAUAUUGGUGGGCAGGGAUAAGGAAUUCUUUGAACUCAGGGAUGUUUUUGCUCUGAUUUUACCAGUACUUUGUAUGCUUAUAGUGUAAUCUCCAUCCUGAAAAGGUGUAAUGCCUGAACUUAGCCUUUUGUUUUAGUUUAAUGCCUGAACUUAGCCCCUUGUCUUAGACUGGGUUUUCUAGAGAAGCAAAACCAGUGAAGCAUCUUUAUAUAUAUAUAUAUGGAGCCCUGGUGGUGCACUGGUUAAGACCUACGCUGCUA